GGCUGUGGGGUGGGGGGGUGAGUUUGAUGCCGGUUUGCCAGUAUCAAACAUGGCGCCGCUGUCCCCGGCACAGGUCGCCGCUGCGACGCGGGUGACGUCAAAUUGAAGCGCCGCCGCGUGCGGGAGAGGAGGCGGAGGAGGGAAGUGGAGUCAACUCUACCCCGAGGCCCUCUCUCUCUCUCUCUCUCUCCCCCACUGUCGGGUCGGGUCAGUAUGAACAGUGUGGGCGCCGACUGCUCGGAGCUGAAGCGCGUCUACGAUUUGUGCUUCAACCGCUGGUUCGCGGAGAAGUUCCUGAAGGGGGAGAGGUCCGGAGAGCCGUGCGCCGACCUCUUCAAACAGUACCAGGAGUGUGUGAAGAAAGCAAUCAAGGAAAAGGAUAUCCCAAUUGAAGGGCUGGAGUUCAUGGGUCCCAAGCGAGAAAAGUCCUCCAGCUCUAGCAGCUCAACGUGACCAACAAUCUUGCGCCUCUGCCUGUUUCCAUCCCAUCAUUAAAUGGGCAAUGCUGCAACAGAGAACAUUUACACUCCCACAUACACGUUCAGGAAAUCUCACGUUUAUCCGAUGCAGUGGGAUCCAAAAUAAGAUACUGUUUAACAACUCUUUUGUAAAAAAAAAUGUUUACUUCCUAACCUUUUUGCAGCCUUAUUUCUCAAGCGAACAAAAAAAUCAAAACGUUUAGCAUAAUCAAGUCGGUGAAUUUUGUAUUUCAAACUUGACGGUUCAAAUCUUCGUGACGUAACCUAUGAUUGUAGAUUCCUGUGUUCAAAACUCAGCUGGUAGAAUAUUUCUCUAAUACAUAAAAGUGACCUGGUUUUCUGAUACAAAAAGAUAAUAAGUAAAUUAUUAAAAACAUUUGUGUUUUUUGCAACUAUCAAAGUUUUAAUAUAUUCCAGUAGAUCGACUUGUACGUUCAGCGGUUAUUUUGAAUGGCAAUAGAGGUUUCAAAUGGUGUGCCAGCGGAACGAGAUUGCUCUCUUGUUCCACCUUUAUAGAAGUGACUUCCUCACGCGGCAGCGUCUGGAAGUUGAUGUGAUUGUGGAUUCUCAAGAUACGGAGUGCAUCUGACAAAAGAAAACCGGAAAUUCUCAGUCAGAGAGUCCUCCCGUAAGGCUACAAUCUGCAAUAAAGCUUUGAUGUAAUUGUCUUGUGUAAUGUGUCUGAAGCACUGAAACGCACUUGGAACACCUCGACAUAGCUGCUAAGAUUCCAAGUACUGUAUUUUCUGAGACUUCUGUGACCUAUCCAUCAUUCCUUUUCAGCACCAGCUCCCAAAUGUUCCACAAAGAAAUUGUACCAUUAAUCAUUUUUAAAAAAACAGUAGAAUACACGGGGAGGGGGAGAUGAAGGUUAUGUGUGUUUCUGAGACUUCUUCCCCCAAACAUUGUUCAAGAAAUGUUAAUUUCUUUACGGCUGCUACGUUUCGCCCACAAAAUAAACAGUCAAUUCGCUUUGCAGUAUAUUUUGUGAAGCGCUUUGAGUCGUCUCAACAAUGUGAUGAGGCACUAUAUGAAGUGCAAGGAUUAUUAUUAUUAAUGUAACCACGUGUUGGGAGUUUGGAGGCUGUGCUGACGGGCAAAGGUUUGAGGAGAUUAAAAACGCGUGGAGCUGUUUGUACAUGUUUGACUUUUUGAGAAACGUGAAUUGGAACACGUUUAUUCUGUGAAUUGAGGGCAUUAAAAAGGUCAUGAACGUAAA